AUGGGCAAACCGAUCAAACAUUUGGUGCUGGACACGAACGCCUUCAUCCGUCCUGUCGAGCAGCUCCAUAACAUUGCCGAGAAUUUCUACGCGCCGCCCGGCGUCUUGGCCGAGGCGAGAUGUUCUCGGAGCAAGAUCAAGCUCGACACGUUCCCGUUCGAGAUUCGUUGGGUGGAGCCGUCGUUGGAAGCUUUUCAGAAAGUUGUCGAAGAGGCGAAGCGCGUCGGCAACUACCCGGAGCUGUCGGCCGUCGAUUUGAAGGUGAUCGCCCUCACCUACGAUCUGACCCAGCGGCACCCCACCAAGAGCAGCAACAAGGCGCUGGACGGAUUGACGGUGGAGCAGGUGGAGGCAUCAAUCGCGAAAAUUGCGCUGGAAGAAGCUGAGGCCGGGAAACCCGAAGAGACGCCUGCCGGAGCCGAUGCUGCGAAAGAAGUGACGACAUCAAGCCUGCCGCCCGGCUUCGCGAAGGAUGAUGACUCGGAGGAGGAGGGCUGGCUUACAGCAGAGUCGCUCGAUGCCGCUCUGAACAAACUGGGUGCCAUUGAGUUGUGCGAUGGAGCCGAAUGCGCCGUCACGCGCGACAAGGACGGCAAGGAGCAGCUGCAUAUCAACUGGAAUCGUCUCACAAACCUGCGCGGGCUCAAGUACAGCAUGCCGGCGCCGCGGGGUGGCAAGCACGCCAUCGUCGAGAAGAUUGUCGAGGACCAACGAAUGCCCGACCAGCGUAAGCCGCGGCACUACGGACGUGUCGGCAUCCGGAAUGGCGCCAUCGACGUCGACAACCUGUUCGACUUCGAAAACAAGCAGCCCACGACGAGGAAGCAUCCCGUUAAA